AAGAAUUUCCCGUCAAUCAACAUGACGUCAGGGAUUUGGCCACGCCACGUCGUAGGAGAUAUGUCGCAAAGCACUAGCAGUCUCAACCGACGGUACACAACAGAUUUCACGCUAUGGGUCGUGGCAAGGAUGCUCAGCCAAGCAGCGACAAAGACAACGGUGGCGCUUUAGCAAGAGGACACUCAACGAUGAAAAAUUGCGAAUAUCAACAAAUAGAUCCUCAGGCACUACCGACACCCACACCAACUCCAACACCUCCUUCACAACCCUGUCCCGAGAAGACCAAAAAGCAACAGAGAAAAUGGGAGGUAUUCCCCGGAAAGAAUCGCUUUUACUGUGACGGCAGGAUAAUAGUAUCUCGCCAGAGUGGUGUUCUCCCUUUGACGCUUGGUCUCAUCCUCGUCACCAGUGGAUUAUUCUUCAUAUUUGACUGUCCAUUCCUGGUGAAGCACUUGACCAGUGGCAUUCCAGUGAUCGGGGGCGUGCUGUUUGUGUUUGUGGUCAUCUCCCUGCUCCAGACCAGUUUCACUGACCCCGGGAUUCUGCCCCGGGCAACACCGGAGGAGGCUGCCGACAUCGAGAAACAGAUCGAUAAUCCCGGUGCGUCCUCGUCCUCCACGUAUCGACCUCCACCGCGCACCAAGGAGAUCGUCAUCAACCAGCAGGUGGUCAAGCUCAAGUACUGCUUCACCUGCAAGAUCUUCCGGCCGCCCCGCACCUCCCACUGCAGCCUCUGUGACAACUGCGUGGAGCGGUUUGACCAUCACUGUCCUUGGGUGGGCAACUGCGUGGGCAAGCGUAACUAUCGCUUCUUCUACUGCUUCAUCGUGUCGCUCUCCUUCCUCACCGCCUUCAUCUUCGGCUGUGUGACAACACACCUGGCCUUGCGAUCACGGGGAAGUAAUGGAUUGGUGAAUGCCCUUCAGGAGAGCCCAGCCAGUGCUCUAGAGCUUGUGGUCUGUUUUUUCUCGGUCUGGUCUAUUCUGGGCCUCUCAGGCUUCCAUACAUACCUGGUGGCGUCCAAUCUCACCACCAAUGAAGACAUCAAAGGCUCGUGGUCAGGGAAGAGUGGCUCCGAGGACACUGGGAAUCCUUACAGCUACCACAACAUCUUUAAGAACUGCUGUGUGGUCUUGUGUGGCCCGAUGCCCCCCAGUUUGAUUGACAGGCGAGGGUAUGUGCCUGAGGACUCUCUCCCCAGCGCCACCGUGGAGAUCCAGCUGCCUGCUGCCAAAAAUGACAUCAACGUGACUGCUGAGACCAGUAAAGUCUUACUGGAGCUGGCGUCCCGCUCUCCUCUGCCUUCCUCCUCCACCUCUUCCUCUCCGCUCCCUCAGGGGAAGGCCAAGGGCUCGCUGAAGAACCCCAGCAAGGAUGCCCCCCUGAAGCACCCUGGCAAAAAUGCUCCCCUGAAGCGCCCUGGCAAAGACGCCCCCUGAAGCACCCUGGCAAA